AUUCAUCCGGCUCACACCGUCCACGUCUCUCGCAAGUCGCGAUCAAAAUUUCAUCAAGUUACCUACGUUUAACUUCUCUUUCAUUUAUUUUCGUUUCAACUUAAUUUCUACUCAAAAAGUCAACUUAAAUAUUGCGGUAUUUUGAACACCAGGGUAUUGUAAAUUAAUACCGAAAGCAAUACGCACAUCGACCCACGCAUACACCGAGUACGCAGUCUUCAUUCCAGAGUGGGUUCAUCCAUAUUACUCACACCUAAACCAGUUCAACCAUGCCAGGCAACGGAUUGUUGGAAACUUCUCCCAACUAUGUCAUCAACAAAGCUGUUGCGGCGAGAUUUCAACAGCUACCCCAACCCAAGGAUAAGGUACAAGUCAUGUACGUAUGGAUAGACGGUACUGGACAAGAUCUUAGAGCCAAAUCCAGAACACUAGACUUUAUACCUACAAAACCCGAAGAACUCCCAGUGUGGAAUUACGAUGGAAGCUCUACGUACCAAUCUCAAGGAGAAAACUCAGAUACAUUUUUAUAUCCAGUGGCAAUUUUUAACGACCCAUUCAGGUUGGAACCGAACAAACUUGUCAUGUGCGAAGCGUACAAACACGAUCACACUCCAACUGAUACAAAUCACCGUAAAGCCGCUUUGGAAACCAUGACUAAAGCUGCCGACCAAAAACCGUGGUUUGGUAUCGAACAAGAAUAUACGUUACUCGACACCGACGGCAAACCGUUCGGAUGGCCCAAGACUGGAUUCCCAGGUCCCCAGGGUCCGUACUAUUGCGGUGUCGGCGCUGAUAAAGUGUAUGGACGUGACAUUGUGGAGGCUCAUUAUCGUGCGUGUUUGUACGCCGGAAUCAACAUAUCCGGAGAGAACGCCGAAGUUAUGCCAGCUCAGUGGGAAUUCCAGGUUGGACCAUGUGAAGGUAUUAGCAUCGGUGAUCAUUUAUGGAUGGCUCGUUUCUUAUUGCACCGUAUUGCCGAAGAGUUUGGCAUUGUGGUAACACUUGAUCCAAAACCAGUGCCGGGCGAUUGGAAUGGUGCCGGUGCCCAUUGUAAUUUCUCAACUAAAGCUAUGAGAGAAAACAAUGGAAUAAUUGAAAUCGAGAAGGCUAUUGAAAAAUUGUCCAAACAACAUGCGAGACAUAUUAAGGUGUACGAUUCCAACGAAGGGAAAGACAACGAACGCCGUCUGACUGGAAAACACGAAACUUCUUCCAUCCACGAUUUCUCGGCUGGCGUGGCCAACCGUGGUGCUAGUAUUCGUAUUCCUCGUACUUGUGCCGACGAGAAGAAGGGUUACUUAGAAGAUCGUAGACCAGCGUCCAACUGCGAUCCAUACAGAGUGACCGAAGCCAUUGUGCGCACCGUGUGCUUAAAUGAAUAAAUAAAAUAUUAAGAAAAUAACCUGUAAUACUGCAAGAUAAACAUAAAAUAUAUCGCCCCGCUUUGGAUAAAAAAAAACAU